AGAAACGAGAACAUGUGACACCGAACUCCGAGCGCUGUCUUUGUCCCGACGUCCUGCUCUCAGAUAACGUGACCGCGCUAGCGGAGCUAAUUGUUAUGGUGCCCUGAUCGAUAGCCGAUAACUCACGCAGACUACCGAUAACAUGAAUUGGAUGUAGAACGUUUUCAUCUUGAACGGACCGUGUCUCGUGUUGAAGAGCAGGAGCAUUGGACAUCUUAAAGGUUAGCUUGUUAGCAUUAGCUACCUGGAUGCUGUAAAGGACUGAGGCUAACAACACAGGUCCAUGAUGUCGGAGCUUUUUAUGGAGUGUGUUGAGGAGGAGCUGGAGCCAUGGCAGAAACAAGUUCCCGAGGUUCAAUUGAUUGAUGAUGAUGACGACGACGACGAACCCAUCUUCGUUGGAGUGCUCUCUAACAAGGAUGGUAAGCCUAACCCUCCAGCACCUCCUCAGAGGAGCAUUGCAGUGAAACAAGAAAAAAAUCUCCUUGCUCCAAAGUCUGCCGUUGGUCCCCAGCCAGUAAUGCUGCCGUUGAGUGUGACUGCAAAGGCAGUGAAUACUGCAGCAUCCAAUCUGACAACAGGGACCCCACAGCCUGUUAUUGUCAAUAAUCAGGGCUUUAUUGUAACUUCCCCCCAAUUAGCGAACAACAGUGAGUUUAUUGCCUCUCUUGGGAGCCAUUACCCUCCCGGGACUUCAUUUACAAUCGUACCAGCUGGUCAGCAGCAUCUUUUUCAGCAGGUCACCUCAGCGGCAGUAAUGCCUCGUGCCGUCCACAGGCCUCAGGUGCAGCAAAUCAGCAACAAUGUUGUGACGUUGUCCAACGUGCAGAGUCCUGCUGUGUACUCGGCGCAGUCUCACCUCAAGAUUCACCUCAACCCCUCCAUCCCACAAUCUCUGUCCACUAACAACAACAACGACCAAAGCUCAGUGAAACGGGUGUUACUGCCACAGCAAAUAGACAGCGCAACAAAAAGAGCCAAGAUUGAUCCGGGGACGCAAAAAGUAACCGUUUCAGUGGAAAACGGGAUCUUAAAGAAAAAGUGCCUUAAGUGUCAAGAAGAAUUCCUCACACAAGAAGCCCUGAAAUUCCACACGGUGAGCUGCUGUGCAGUUGUGGAAAGUACAGCUCGAUCAUCCGUGAACACUGGCGCAAACAAGCGCAUCAUGCUGGUCUCAGAGUUCUACUACGGACGCUUUGAGGGAGAUGGGAACAAAAACAACCUGCAAAAGCCCAACACCACCUUCAAGUGCCAGAGUUGUUUGAAGGUUCUCAAGAACAACAUCAGGUUCAUGAACCACAUGAAGCACCACCUGGAGCUGGAAAAGCAAAACAGCGAGAGCUGGGAAAGCCACACAACUUGCCAGCAUUGCUAUCGACAGUACAUGACUCCUUUCCAGCUGCAGUGCCACAUCGAGAGCGCCCACAGCCCGAUCGAAUCCUCAACCAAUUGCAAGAUAUGUGAGCUGGCAUUUGAGUCCGAGCAGGUUCUCCUAGAACACAUGAAGGACAACCACAAGCCCGGAGAGAUGCCCUACGUCUGCCAGGUCUGCAAUUACAGAUCCUCUUUCUUCUCAGAAGUGGAGACACAUUUCCGAAGUGUCCAUGACAACACAAAAGAGUUGCUUUGUCCCUUCUGUCUGAAAGUUCUUAGAAGUGGUCAUAUAUACAUGCAACACUACAUGAAACAUCAGAAAAAAGGGAUCCAUCGCUGUGGAAAAUGCAGACUGAAUUUCCUCACCUACAAGGAAAGAGUGGAGCACAGGACUCACUACCAUAAGACUUUUAGAAAACCUAAAGCACUGGAUGGCCUUCCCCCGGGGACAAAGGUGACCAUUCGAGCCUCACUCACAGCAAAGACUCCCGCAUUGCAGACCUCCCCCGACCGAUUUGGCAUUAUUGUCGGUACAGAAGCAGCGAGUUCCAAUCAGCAAACCAAACCUACAGUCGGUGCGUCGAAGGCCAAAGCGAACAUCUCCGCAGCAGGAAAAGCCAAAAUGACUCCGAGCAAGAAGCAAACCGGCCGGACUACCAAACACAAUCUGGCGCUCAAGAAUGUCAGAGUGGAAGGAGGAUCGUACACGUGCGUCGAGUGCAACACACCAGUCAACGACUUCUUUUCUCAUUUCCCAAUGUUCUCAAAUUGUGGUGCGUGCAAAUAUCGGACAAGUUGCAAAGUCUCCAUUGGAAAUCACAUGAUUAGAUUUCAUAGUACAAUAACCAAAAACAGAUUCUUGAAAAUGAAUCAUAAGAAAAAUUCCUCUGCAUUAAAGUUCACCUUGGUCUGUCUGAACUGUGACCUGCUGGUGGACGGAUCAGGCGGUGACCUGAUGACCAAACAUUUAACUGAUCGACCAAAUCACAUAUGCAAAGUCAUUCAGGAGAAAGCAGAUAUGAAAGCCAAAGAUCGAGUGCAACUCUUCCUGAGGCAACCUGCAAAAGUCUCGUACUUCUUGACGACGGCGCCUGUUCACAGACCGAAGGAAAAGAACUUUAAACAAGAGGAAGGCGUCUCAACUGGAAGCAUUUUGGUCGACCAAGAUGACCAACCGGAGGCACGGCAGAUGUUGCCAGAAGCUGAACAGGACGGGAGCGCCACAGAAACGGCCGCCAUCGAAGGCUCCUCUGAAAGCUGCUCCAAGCAGUCGUUGCUCGCCGCGGGAUCGCCUUCCUGUACGUCAGCUUUAGGUGCCACUGACGGGUCGGUGGGUUUCGCUGGGAGCCUCAAUGUCAGAGAGCAAGUGCCUCCGCACGAGACCGGGGAACAACAAACUAAGUCCAAAUGAACCAGGAAACAAAGACCGCUUCAUCAUCGGUUCCGCAAAAAAAAUCCAACGUGUUGUUUUGGCUCUUGUGUAUUUAUAACUAAUCCCAGAGAGCAUCACCUGUGUGUGGGAAGUGAAAUGCAGCAACCGGGAGAACUGUAUUUUAUCAAAUAUAUAUUUUUUUCCCUCUUCUGGAAAACUUCCAUUACCUAAAUACGUGUUUUUGUAUUUAUGAAUGACUAGAGUUUGUAGUCAUACUUUAAACAAAAUACAUUUAAAUUACUGUGGCCCAUUAAGUAGUUCUUAAUGCCUCGCUGAGAAAGAUUAACACUUCAUUGUUCCCAUCUGGGAUUUUAUCAUGCUCAUUAUCUUGAAUUUUAUUAAAUGUUUUGUUUUUUAAUUUUCCCUUUUGGGAAGUAUUUUUAUUUUUUAUUUUCCCAUAAUUCGUGGUUGUUUCAAAAAGAACAUGGAAUGCCACUGAAUAGUUUGGUAUUGUUUACACAAAAGUAUGUUUGGUACACUCUCAAAGUGUGUCCAAACUUUUGAGUAGUACUAAAUCUCAACACACUCCCUUCUACUAUUACAAACGAUUUAGGAUCUGUAUACAUCAUGUAGGCAUUGUAUCCUCUCUGAAAAAUCGUCAGAUUUGGGAAACAGGUUAUGUUAGGAAAUAUCAGCCGAUAUUUGUGGGGUGAGCAGAAUAUUAUGUGUACCAUUGUGUUCAAUUAAUGUUCUUUAACAGUGCAGAACGUGCAAACUUGUAAAAUAAAUGUAAACACGCGACAUAUGUGGGAGAUACUCAGCGCCACAAUUCAAAUUGAUAGCUAUAUUGCUUUGCCUGACUUAAUCUCUCAAUUCAUUAUUAAUUCUAUAGGUUCUUGAUAAGGUUUUUCACUUGUGUAGUACCUAUAGAGCAGGUCUGUAAAGGCAUCAAUGUGUAUGUUGACACAGAAAAUGUAACCUCUGUUUUGAAUACAUUCCUCUAAAGAUAUUGUGAUAUCCCUAGGACACACUUUCCUAUCAAUAAAGUACUGGGUUUGGGUCAGUGUUUUCUUGUAUGUUGUGUAAAUAAAGUUUUAUUACAAGGUUA